GGAACCUUGCGAGCCACCCGGCAAAAAGUUAUAAAAACCCCAUCCAUAGGUAGACUCAAACAACUUGCAAUCGUAGAUCAUCUCUUCCACCUUUACAGGACGCUUAUCCUUCAGAGACAUAAUAACCUUCAAACCUUACUUAAUUUCAGUAUGCAGCCCAGUCAUUUCCAGAAGUGCGAUUGGGAUAGCACCGCGUCCGAAUAUUCAAAGCUACCCAAGGACGGGCCGUUAUUGGUUCCCUGUAAGCGCCUGUUGGGGGCGAUGCACGGCACUCUGAGCUUUGCAUCUGCCACCACAAUCAUCGACAUUGGUUGCGGUCCUGGUACCGCAGUCAACUUCCUUAUCGAUGACUAUGGACACGACAUACCACCUCAAUCUCGGGUGAUAGCGACUGACUAUUCCACGGGAAUGGUGGAAGUGACCAGAUCCCGUGUCGAAACUGAGCGGACAUCCGGCAAAAAGAACGCGAAAUGUUGGGGUCAGGUUGAGACCAUGGAGCUCGAUGCCCAGGAUCUUUCCGCUUUCCCUUCAAGUAGCGCCUCCCAUAUCAUGGGGAGCCUUGUCUACUUCAUGCUCCCAGAUCCCCAGAAGGGGUUGCGUGAGGCCUAUCGGGUGCUGAGGGCCGGUGGUGUCUUCGCCUGCACCAGCUGGGCAAGGGUUCAGUGGAUGCAAUUCAUGGAUCAGGCGGCGCAGGAAGUGCGCAGGGCGGCGGGCUCUGAGUCGCAUUCAACGGGCAUGCGGUUCUUCCCCAAACAAUGGGGGGACGUGGCCGGCGUGAAAGGCGAAUUAGAAUCCGCAGGAUUCCGUGACGUUCAUUCCGAGUACAUCGACUUCGAUUGGCUUGUUGAAGAUCCCGAAGCGUUCGCCGAGACGAUGUGUAAAAGUUCCAAUCCUGGCACCAAAAUGCUUCUGGGAGAUCUUUCAGACGAGAAGCUCGACCGUGUCGUGGAAAGCUACACGAGGAUUGUUAAAGAACAUGGCAAUGUAUGCAAAGGUGUUGCAGUGCUGGGUAUAGGCACCAAGUAGAGAGGCGUGUCUGCGAUACAUGUAAUCUGGUCAAGUACGUAGUAUUGGUACAGUGAUUCGGUGAUGGUCUUUUUGGAUUUAAUAUGGUACUGGUGUUCAGUGUGGUUAUGGUACGCCUUCCUGCUACAUAGUUAACUAGCUAUCUUGAAUUACUAAUGCCAUUGCCUUCGUGGUGUCCAUACCUACAGUCCUGAUCCUUCUAGUUCUCGGACCUAAGCAGCGUUUCAAUAAAAAUUCUUUUCUGCUCAGCUCAAAUUAAGACCUUG